AUGGCUGCAACUGAAUCUGCCCAGUCGUCAGCUUUGGCGGCUACAUCCAACAAGACCACCCGAACGUCUCCCCCGCCCCAGUCUAAACGCGACAAGAGGCGACAGGUCGUAAAUGACCGUCUAGCUGUUUUGGCUGAUAAGUUCAGCCGGGACAAAGAUAAACACUACCGAGACGAACUUCAUAAGAUACAAAUCGAUGUUAACCUCGUCGGCCGAGUCGAUCCCUAUGCCGACCGACCUCUAGACGCAAUUGAUCGCGAGUACCGAGAAAUACAGCAUGCUACCAAUGCGCAACAGACUACAAAUGUUAGUAGUAAUGGUAGUCCUAAGCGAAGUCUGCUCGAAAUGGCAGGCCCUACAUUCUCUGAAUGGGUUCACCAGAUAGAAGACCUUGUCGAGCAUCGCGACUACGAGAUGACUAGCCACAAGAUUGAGUACGAGAGGAAGCUUCGUGAACACCAGAAGACACACGCCUAUAAAGUCGAACUAGCCAAGCGUGAACAUAAAACUCUCUCAAACACCCUUAGAGACCGUCUUAUUAAUGGUAUUACUUCUAAGAAGUACCGAUUAGGCAAAGAAAAGGAAGCCCUGGAUAUUGCAGAUGGCUCUGCUCUCCUUCUACACCCGAAUCAAUACAGCCUCACCAACCCCGCAAGCCCUGGAGGAACGCAUGGGAAGCGAAAUACUCGACUACGAAGAGAGAUGGAGGAGCUCCCAGGCUACUCGGAUAACAAGAAGAGGAAGCGAAAUGCCGCCGAUGAGGAGGGUUCACCAGCUCCCAAGAGAGGAGCCCUUGAUAGUUCCAAUACUACGCCUUUCUGGUCGAGCGAAAGAGUCAGAGGUCUACGUAAGGAGACGGGACCAGUCUACAGCAUUGACAAGCUUUUCACCGAUAAAGAACUAGCCAUGACCUAUAAUGCUGCUGCCCUAGCAGCCCAUAAGCAUCUCUUGAUACGCCGAGACACAAACGGCAAUAUUAUUACUCCCGACGAGAGUGUCGCAGACGGUAAUGACGAUGAAGAUGAACCUUCUGCAGUAAAUAUGGAGCGACAGCCCUCACAUACUACGCGAAGUACUCGAGGUGGACAUGGUCAACAGAAUUUCUACGAUGACCAAGUCCUAGGAAUAGAGGGCUUGGCCAAUUUCGAGAUACCGGGAAAUCUCGAUAAGGUGGCUGGCUCGGAACCUAAGCUCCCCCCUCUUACUCAUUCGCAAUACUCGAAGGCUUAUAGAAGGGACGAGUCGAAUACUCCUCCGACCUUGAACGAAAGCGACCGAGAUAGAGAUCUUGCAGUGAUGAAACUGUUGAAGACAUACCAGAAUAAGCAUGGUGUUGGCGCUAAUCUUGACGUUAAUAAUGGCGGCCGGAGACUGCUCGAGUCUAUGGCCGCGCCGCUACACAAGAGCAAAUACGUAGCUUAUAUGCAGGGUCCAAGGCCUUCCACAGACGCAUUAUCAGAAUCCUUGGGUGUUCAGGAUAGCGACAUGAGAGGCGAAGCCGCAGGUGUCGAACCAGAUAAUGGCGGAAGCGCUAAGGACUCCCCAGCUGUGGGGAAGGAUUCCGCACCGGGAAUUCCGAUGAGCAGACAGAGUAGUCUGGGAGGUGUUGUAAUGAGUCGAUCGGGAAGUGCACGGGGCAAGCGAAAGGCCUAA